AUAGUCAAAGUAAAAUAUGUCUUACUAUGCAAAGACUCAGCAACUGCCUUCAAGUCAUUAGGUUAAUUUUAUUCCAGAUUUCUGAUUAGCGAGCUCUUCUGCUACUCAGUUCCACUUCUUUACUUGUCUACAAUGACUUAUAAAGCUUAGCCAGAUUACAUUAGAAGCUUGAAUUUUAACUUUACACUCAACCCCUCCUGCACAAAUGUUAUCUUGUCUUUGGUUUCAGGUCAACAAAGCAAUAACCCAGGUGGCCCUCCCUGGCCUGGACAUCCUCAUCCUGGUGGUGGACCUGGACCUGCCAAACCUGCAACCCCCACCUCUGGUGGCCAAUUCAAUUAUCCUACUGGACCUGGUGAUGAUCAACAAAGCAGUAACCCAGUUUUCCCAGUUUGGGGCACAAUUGGUCUUUUUGAUGAUGGUCCUGUACCUGCCAAACCUGGAAACCCCAACUCUGGUGGCCAAGUCAAAUAUCCUGUCAAAACAACUCCUGGAAAAGUUGGUUUCAGGUCAACAAAGCAGUAACCCAGGUGUCACUGGAUGGCUUGACCAAUAUGCUCCAGGUGGUGGUCCUGGAACUGCCGAAAUGCCUCCUGGACCUGGUGAUGGUCAACAAAGCAGUAACCCAGGUGGCCCUGGCUGGCCUGGACAUCCUCAUGGUGGUGGUCCUAAACCUGCCAAUCCUGGUGGCCAAGUCAAUUAUCCUGUCAACAGACCUCCUGGAAAAGGUGAUGGUCAACAAAGCAAUAACCCAGGUGGCCCUGGCUGGCCUGGAAAACAUCCUCAUGGUGGUGGUCCUAGACCUGUCGAACCUGGACCUGCCAAUCCUGGUGGCCAAGUAAAUAAUCCUGUCAAAACGCCUCCUGGAAAAGGUCAACAAAGCAGUAACCCAGGUGGCCCUGGCUGGCCUGGAAAUCAUAAUGGUGGUGGUCCUAAACCUGCCAAUCCUGGUGGCCAAGUCAAUAAUCCUGUCAAAACACCUCCUGGAAAAGGUGAUG